CAGCAUACCUCAAACAGCCUCAGACGUGUUCAUCUCAACAGCCUCUAUGGAUAGGAAGACAAGUAACACAGGACAAACAUCACCCAUGGUUGCACAAGGUUCCACAUCUGUCGCUACAGGAUUCUCAACCACAACUCCAACACAUGUCCUGUCAACGAACACAACACCCAUCACCUCUACUCAGGAGUCGUCAACACUUUCUCUGACACAACCCACUGAAAGCCUGGAGACCAGCAGCAAACCUCAAACCAAUACCCUCACAAACAUGACCACAUCUACUGUUGUGUCCUUCCCAAGUGGACCCACUCCGACAUGGAUUGUUUCCCAGAAAACAACCUCUCUUGAUAAAACAACCACCCUACAUGCUCGGAGCAUGAACAACUCAACGCCAAGUACACCAGACAUGUUCACCACAACACCCUCCACAGAAGCCUCCUCAGUAGACACAGGACACACAACUGCAAUUGUUACUCAAGGCUCUACACCUGUCACCACACAGGGCUCCACAACACCUUUAUCACAGGAACAAACAACAUCCAUCACACCUACUCAGGAGUCAGCAACACUUUCUCAGAACCACCACACUGAAAGCCUGGAGACCAGCAGCAAACCUCAAACCACCACCCUCACAGAAAUGACCACAUCAGCGCCUUCAUCCUCUUCAAGUGGCUCAGCUCCCACACCAACAAAGUCCCAAGUGACAUCAUCUCCACAUGAAACAACCAACCCAUCUGAUUCCAGUGUCAACAAUAUGUCCUCAACCACACUGAAGGUACUCAGCACAGCACCCUCUGCAGACUCUGCUCCAGGAAACACAACUCCUGGGAUUACUCCAAGCUCCACAACAACUGCCACAAAAGUCUCCACAGCAUCCUCACCACAGACACUCUCAACAGUGUCAACACCCAUCACAUCUACUCAGGAGUCAUCAACACUUUCUCAGAAACAACACACUGAGAGUAUGGAGACCAGCAGCAAACCUCAAACCACCACCCUCAUAGAAGCAACCACAUCUACUGUUUUGUCCUCCCUAAGUGGAUCCACUCUGACAUGGACUGUUUCCCAGAGAACACCCUCACCUGAUGAAACAACCACCCCACCUGCUCCCAGCAUGAGCAGCUCAGUGUCAGGUACACCAGACAUGUUCACCACAACACCCUCCACAGAAGCCACCUCAGUUGACACAGGAAACACAACUGCAGUAGUUACUCAAGGUUCUACACCUGUCACCACACAGGGCUCCACAACACCUUUAUCACAGGAUCUGUCAGCAGUAUCAACACUCAUCACCUCUAGUAAGAAACUGUCAACACUUUCUCAGACACAACAAACUGAAAGCCUGGAGACCAGCAGCAAACCUCAAACCACCACCCUCACAGAGGUGCCCACAGCAGCUCCUUCGUCCUCUUCAAGUGGCUCAGCUCCCACACCAACAAAGUCCCAAGGGACAUCAUCUCCACAUGAAACAACCAACCCAUCUGAUUUCAGUGUCAGUAAUGUGUCCUCAACCACACCAGAGGUGCUCAGCCCAGCACCCUCUACGGAUUCUGCUCCAGGAAGCACAACUCCUGGGAUUACUCCAAGCUCCACAACAACCGCCACAAAAGUCUCCACAGCAUCCUCACCACAGACACUCUCAUCAGUGUCAACACCCAUCACAUCUACUCAGGAGUCAUCAACACUUUCUCAGAAACAACACAUUGAGAGUAUGGAGACCAGCAGCAAACCUCAAACCACCACCCUCACAGAAAUGACCACAUCAGCACCUUCAUCCUCUUCAAGUGGCUCAGCUCCCACACCAUCAGAGUCUCAAGUGACAUCAUCUCCACAUGAAACAACCAACCCAUCUGAUUCGAGUGUCAACAAUAUGUCCUCAACCACACUGGAGGUACUCAGCACAGCACCCUCUGCAGACUCUGCUCCAGGAAACACAACUCCUGGGAUUACUCCAAGCUCCACAACAACUGCCACAAAAGUCUCCACAGCAUCCUCACCACAGACACUCUCAACAGUGUCAACACCCAUCACAUCUACUCAGGAGUCAUCAACACUUUCUCAGAAACAACACACUGAGAGUAUGGAGACCAGCAGCAAACCUCAAACCACCACCCUCACAGAGGUGCCCACAGCAGUGCCUUCAUCCUCUUCAAGUGGCUCAGCUCCCACACCAACAAAGUCUCAAGUGACAUCAUCUCCACAUGAAACAACCAACCCAUCUGAUUCGAGUGUCAGCAAUGUGUCCUCAACUACACUAGAGGUGCUCAGCCCACCACCCUCUACGGAUUCUGCUCCAGGAAGCACAAUUCCUGGGAUUACUCCAAGCUCCACAACAACCGCCACAAAAGUCUCCACAGCAUCCUCACCACAGACACUCUCAACAGUGUCAACACCCAUCACAUCUACUCAGGAGUCAUCAACACUUUCUCAGAAACAACACACUGAAAGCCUGGAAACCAGCAGCAAACCUCAAACCACCACCCUCAUAGAAGCAACCACAUCUACUGUUUUGUCCUCCCUAAGUGGAUCCACUCUGACAUGGACUGUUUCCCAGAGAACACCCUCACCUGAUGAAACAACCACCCCACCUGCUCCCAGCAUGAGCAGCUCAGUGUCAGGUACACCAGACAUGUUCACCACAACACCCUCCACAGAAGCCACCUCAGUUGACACAGGACACACAACUGCAGUAGUUACUCAAGGUUCUACACCUGUCACCACACAGGGCUCCACAAUACCUUUAUCACAGGAUCUGUCAGCAGUAUCAACACUCAUCACCUCUAGUAAGAAACUGUCAACACUUUCUCAGACACAACAAACUGAAAGCCUGGAGACCAGCAGCAAACCUCAAACCACCACCCUCACAGAGGUGCCCACAGCAGCUCCUUCGUCCUCUUCAAGUGGCUCAGCUCCCACACCAACAAAGUCCCAAGGGACAUCAUCUCCACAUGAAACAACCAACCCAUCUGAUUCCAGUGUCAGUAAUGUGUCCUCAACCACACCAGAGGUGCUCAGCCCAGCACCCUCUACGGAUUCUGCUCCAAGAAGCACAACUCCUGGGAUUACUCCAAGCUCCACAACAACCGCCACAAAAGUCUCCACAGCAUCCUCACCACAGACACUCUCAUCAGUGUCAACACCCAUCACAUCUACUCAGGAGUCAUCAACACUUUCUCAGAAACAACACAUUGAGAGUAUGGAGACCAGCAGCAAACCUCAAACCACCACCCUCACAGAAAUGACCACAUCAGCACCUUCACUCUCAACAGUGUCAACAUCCAUCACAUCUACUCAGGAGUCAUCAACACUUUCUCAGAAACAACACACUGAAAGCCUGGAAACCAGCAGCAAACCUCAAACCACCACCCUCAUAGAAGCAACCACAUCUACUGUUUUGUCCUCCCUAAGUGGAUCCACUCUGACAUGGACUGUUUCCCAGAGAACACCCUCACCUGAUGAAACAACCACCCCACCUGCUCCCAGCAUGAGCAGCUCAGUGUCAGGUACACCAGACAUGUUCACCACAACACCCUCCACAGAAGCCACCUCAGUUGACACAGGACACACAACUGCAAUAGUUACUAAAGGUGCUACACUUGCCACAGCACAGGUCUCCACAACACCUUCACCACUGGAACUGUCAACAGUGUCAACACCUAUUACCUCUACUGAGGAAUUGUCAACACUUCCUCAUAACCAACACACUGAAAGCACGGAGACCAGCAGCAAACCUCAAACCACCACCCUCACAGAGGUGCCCACAUCAACUCCUUCGUCCUCUUCAAGUAGACUCACUCCGACAUGGACUGUUUCCCAGAGAACACCCACUCUUGAUGAAACAACCACCCCAUAUUCUCCCAGUGUGAGCAACUCAAUGCCGAAUACACCUUCCACAGCAGCCACCUCAGUACACACAGGGCACACAACUGGAAUAGUUGUUCAAGGUUCUACACCUGCCCCCACACAGGAAUCAAUGACACCUUCAUCACAGGAACUGUCAACAGUGACAACACCCAUCACAUCUACUCAAGAACUCUCAGUCUCAGUGUCAGGUACACCAGACAUGUUCACCACAACACCCUCCACAGAAGCCUCCUCAGUAGACACAGGACACACAACUGCAGUAGUUACUCAAGGUUCUACACCUGCCACCACACAGGGCUCCACAACACCUUUAUCACAGGAACAAACAACAUCCAUCACACCUACUCAGGAGUCAGCAACACUUUCUCAGAACCACCACACUGAAAGCCUGGAGACCAGCAGCAAACCUCAAACCACCACCCUCACAGAGGUGCCCACAGCAGUGCCUUCAUCCUCUUCAAGUGGCUCAGCUCCCACACCAACAAAGUCUCAAGUGACAUCAUCUCCACAUGAAACAACCAACCCAUCUGAUUCGAGUGUCAGCAAUGUGUCCUCAACUACACUAGAGGUGCUCAGCCCACCACCCUCUACGGAUUCUGCUCCAGGAAGCACAAUUCCUGGGAUUACUCCAAGCUCCACAACAACCGCCACAAAAGUCUCCACAGCAUCCUCACCACAGACACUCUCAACAGUGUCAACACCCAUCACAUCUACUCAGGAGUCAUCAACACUUUCGCAGAAACAACACACUGAAAGCCUGGAAACCAGCAGCAAACCUCAAACCACCACCCUCAUAGAAGCAACCACAUCUACUGUUUUGUCCUCCCUAAGUGGAUCCACUCUGACAUGGACUGUUUCCCAGAGAACACCCUCACCUGAUGAAACAACCACCCCACCUGCUCCCAGCAUGAGCAGCUCAGUGUCAGGUACACCAGACAUGUUCACCACAACACCCUCCACAGAAGCCACCUCAGUUGACACAGGACACACAACUGCAGUAGUUACUCAAGGUUCUACACCUGUCACCACACAGGGCUCCACAACACCUUUAUCACAGGAUCUGUCAGCAGUAUCAACACUCAUCACCUCUAGUAAGAAACUGUCAACACUUUCUCAGACACAACAAACUGAAAGCCUGGAGACCAGCAGCAAACCUCAAACCACCACCCUCACAGAGGUGCCCACAGCAGCUCCUUCGUCCUCUUCAAGUGGCUCAGCUCCCACACCAACAAAGUCCCAAGUGACAUCAUCUCCACAUGAAACAACCAACCCAUCUGAUUCCAGUGUCAGUAAUGUGUCCUCAACCACACCAGAGGUGCUCAGCCCAGCACCCUCUACAGACUCUGCUCCAGGAAACACAACUCCUGGGAUUACUCCAAGCUCCACAACAACCGCCACAAAAGUCUCCACAGCAUCCUCACCACAGACACUCUCAACAGUGUCAACACCCAUCACAUCUACUCAGGAGUCAUCAACACUUUCUCAGAAACAACACACUGAGAGUAUGGAGACCAGCAGCAAACCUCAAACCACCACCUUCACAGAGGUGACCACAUCUACUGUUUUGUCCUCCCCAAGUGAACCCACUCUGACAUGGACUGUUUCCCAGAGAACACACUCUCCUGAUGAAACAACUACCCCACUUGCUCCCAGCAGCUCAAUGCCAAGUACACCCUCCACAGAAGCUACUUCAGUAGACACAGGACACACAACUGCAGUAGUUACAACAGGUUCUACACCUGCCACCACACAGGGCUCCACAACACCUUCAUCACAGGAUCUGUCAGCAUUGUCAACACUCAUCACAUCUACUCAGGAACUGUCAACACUUUCUCAUAACCAACACACUGAAAGCCUGGAGACCAGCGGCAAACCUCAAACCACCACCCUCACAGAGACAACCACAUCUACUGUUUUGUCCUCCCCAAGUGGAUCCACUCUGACAUGGACUGUUUCUCAGAGAACACCCUCACCUGAGGAAACAAGCACCCUACAUGCUCCCCGUGUGAGCAGCUCAGCGCCAAGUACAGCAGACAUGUUCACCACAACACUCUUCACAGAAGCCUCCUCAGUAGACAGAGAACACACAACUGCAGUAGUUACUCAUGGUCCUUUACCUUCCACCACCGAAUUCUCAAAGACACCUUCAGCACAGACACUCUCUACAGUGUCAACACCCAUCACAUCUACUCAGGAACUGUCAACACUUUCUCAGAAACAACACACUGAAAGCCUGGAGACCAGCAGCAAACCUCAAACCAUCACCCUCACAGAGGUGACCACAUCUACUGUUUUGUCCUCCACAAGUGGACCCACUCUGACAUGGAGUGUUUCUCAGAGAACACCCUCACCUGAUGAAACAACCACCCCACCUGCUCCCAGCAUCAGCAGCUCAAUGCCAAGUACACCCUCCACAGAAGCUACUUCAGUAGACACAGGACACACAACUGCAGUAGUUACAACAGGUUCUACACCUGCCACCACACAGGGCUCCACAACACCUUCAUCACAGGAUCUGUCAGCGUUGUCAACACCCAUCACAUCUACUCAGGAACUGUCAACACUUUCUCAGAAACAAUCUACUGAAAGCCUAGAGACCAGCAGCAAACCUCAAACCAUCACUCUCCCAGAGGUGCCCACAUCAACUGUUUCAUUCUCCCCAAAUGGACCCACUCUGACAUGGAGUGUUUCUCAGAGAACACACUCUCCUGGGGAAACAACCACCCCACAUGCUGCCAGCAUUAGCAGCUCACCUUCAAAUACACCCACCACAGAAGCUACCUCAGUAGUCACAGGGCACACACCUGCACAUGUGACUGGAAGUCUCAGAGUUCUCACCACAAGAGUCUCAAGCACAACUCUAGCUAGACAAUCAACAGUAGUCAUGCAUAGCACUUCUCCUCAGCAGUCGUCUACAUAUUCUCAGAGUCACUGGACAGAAAGCGUGGGGACCUCCAGCGUAUCUCAAACCAGCGUCCUCACAGCGGUGACCACAAAAAGCCAUUCAUCCCCUUUACCUGGACCAAACGUGACAGAGGCCUUUUCUCGUGGGACAUCCUCCGCAGGAAUGACCACAAAGACAGACAAUGACACAAGCACGCCACCCUCCGCGACCUCUGUGACCUUUACUACUCCCAGCACAUCCACAGCCUCCAGCUCAACUGUGGCCCCACUCCCUACCAUACCAGGGCAAGGCAUCUCCCUCUUCCCCUUCGGGGUUCAAGUUGGUGACAGGCAGCUGUUUGCCAGGACUGUGGAUUUUACCUCACCGAUCUUCCAGCUCCUGAUUGGAUUCCCCCUCGGCUCGUCCCUACGUGAUUCCUUCUACAUCACAGAUAACGGCCAGAUCAUUUUCCCGGAGUCAGACAACGACAUCUUCUCCUACCCCAACCCACCUCAAAGAGGCUUCACAAGAAGCGACCGUGUGGCCAUGGUGGCCCCAUUCUGGGAUGACGCUGACUUCUCUAGCUCCAAGGGAACCAUAUUUUACCAGGAAUACAACACAUUUUAUGGUGGAAACAAUUGGCUAAUUGCGAAGGUGGAGACGUUGAUUAGGGAAUUCACAGGUGACUGGAGCUACAAAGCCAAGUGGACACUUAAAGUCACCUGGGUCAAUGCUCCCGCAUACCCUGCCCAGGGGAGCUUUGGGACCAAUACGUACCAAGCCAUCCUCUCCACAGAUGGGAGCACAUCCUACGCCCUGUUUCUCUACCAGAGCGAUGGCAUGAAGUGGGAUGUGACCCAGGGUCUGCACAACCAAGUCCUCAUGGGCUUCUCCAGUGGCGAUGGGCAUUUUGAAAACAGCCCGCUGACAUUCCGGCCAGCACUGGAGAAGUACCGUCCAGAUCGAUUCCUGAAUUCCAAAUUAGGCCUCCGGGGGUUGCAGAUCUACAGGCUACACAGGGAGGUGAGGCCCAACUACCGGCUCAAGUGUCUGUUGUGGUUGGAGAGCCAGCCUCAGCAGCCCAGCUGGGGCUGGAACCAGAUUCCCUGCCCUUGCUCCUGGCAACAGGGACGAUGGGACUUUCGGUUCUGGCCCAGGAACACAGGUUGGCGGGACAGCCCACAGCUAUGCAGCUUCUCCUCCUGGCGAGGGGGCGUGUGCUGCAGCUAUGGCCGCUGGGGAGAGUUUCGAGAAGGCUGGAGAAUGCACAGUCCUUGGCAGUUUGACCAGGAGCAGGAGGCACAGAACUGGUGUUGCCACUGGAACAGCAAGCCCUCCUUCUGCACCCAGUACCAAAGCAGGCGGCCCCGCAUUAGCUGUGCAGGGUACAGGCCCCCGCGGCCCGCUUGGACAUUUGGCGAUCCCCACAUCACCACUUUGGACAACACCAAAUACACCUUCAAUGGGCUGGGGGACUUCCUGCUGGUCCAGGCCCAGGAUGCAAACUCCUCCUUCCUACUGGAAGGCCGCACUGCCCAGACUGGCUCUGCCAAGGCUACUAACUUCAUUGCCUUUGCUGCUCAAUACAACACCAGCAGCCUGGGUUCUUCCAUCACAGUUCAAUGGUUCCUCGAGCCCAACGACACAGUCCGAGUUGUACACAAUAACCAAACCGUGGCCUUUAACACCAGCCACACAGAAGGCGUGUCCAUAUUCAACGACACUGGUGUUCUGCUGACCCAAAAUGGCUCCCAAGUCUCAGCUAACUUCGAUGGGAUGGUGACCAUCACCGUGAUUGCUCUCUCCAACAUCCUUCAUGCCUCCUCCAGCCUCUCAGAAGAGUACCGCAACCACACAAAGGGCCUGUUGGGAGUCUGGAAUGAUAAUCCAGAAGAUGACUUCAGGAUGCCUAAUGGCUCCACCAUCCCUUCAAACAGCUCCGAGGAGAUGCUUUUUCACUAUGGAAUGACAUGGGAAAUCAAUGGGACAGGCCUCCUUGGGAUAAGGACAGACUCCUUGCCUUCCAACUUCACCCCCGUCUUCUUGUCCCAACUGCUGGACAAGAACACCUCAGAUAUAGGCUUGGUUUCUGGGUGCAAUGAUGACCUACGGUGCAAGUUUGACGCCCUCGCCACAGGAAACAAAAAUAUUGGACAAAACACCAAUGCGAUCCUUGAGACAUUCCAGGACAUGAAUGGCACCCUCAAUCAGUUCCCACCCUCUAUCCACUGCUGCAGUGAGAUUCAAGCCUACAAGAGGGAGACAGAGACCGUUGUGAUCACCAGUGACUCUAAGGAUGUCAAAUUCAACCUCACCAACCUGUGUAGUGGCUUUGAACUCUUUGAAAACGGGAGUUUGCAGUGGACACCAGCAUCUCCAGAACCGUGUACCCUGGAGAUUCUAGCAAGAGACACCAGGACUGGUUUGUUAUCUGUCCUCCAGCCCAAGACUGUGGUUUGCUUCUGUAAUAAGAAGAGCCAGUGUUUGUACAAUGAGACGAGCAGGGAGGGCAAUUCUACCCUUGAGGUGACCAGCUGCAAGUGUGACAGGCACACCUUUGGACGCUUCUGCGAACGCACUAAGGACCUCUGCGAAGAGCCAUGCUUCCCAAAUGUGCACUGUAUUCCUGGGAAAGGCUGUGAGGCCUGCCCCCAAGGCUUGACUGGAGAUGGGCGUCAUUGUGCAGCUCUAGAGGACCCUUUAUUCUGCCAAAACCACUCGUGUCCUGUGAAUUAUUGCUAUAACCAUGGCCACUGCUACAUCUCGGGGGCUCCAGAUUGCCAGCCCACUUGCACCUGCCCCCCAGCCUUCACUGAUAACCGCUGCCUCCUGGCUGGGAACAAUUUCACUCCCGCCAUCUCUAAAGAGCUGCCCUUGAGGACCAUCGUGCUGUCACUCAGGGAAGAUGAGAACGCCUCCAAAGCUGAUGUCAAUGCCUCGGUGGCACACAGACUAGGGAACCUGUACAUGCGGGCUUUUAUCCGGAACAGCGUAGUGGAACUGACGCGAACCUCUCCCGGAGCAAAGGCCAUUCAUCACUGGAAGGUCAUCUCCCACUUCCAGUACCGUCCGAGGGGCCCAGUCAUCCACUACCUGAACAACCAGCUGAUAGGGGCUGUGUUGGAGGCCUUCCUCCUCCAGGCUAGGCAAGAGAGGAGUGGAGAAGCCAGGAAGGACGUCCACUUCUUCCCCAUCUCAGAGGCAGAUGUCCGCAAUGAAAUGGCUCUGAACCUAACUAUGCUGGACUACUACUUCACAUGUGAUGGCUACAAGGGUUACCGCCUGGUCUACAGCCCCCAGGACGGCGUCACCUGCGUGUCCCCAUGUAGUGAGGGCUACUGUCACAAUGGAGGUCAAUGUGAGCACCUGCCAGAUGGACCCCGUUGCAGCUGCGCGUCCUUCACCAUCUACACAUCCUGGGGCGAACGCUGUGAACACCUAAGUGUGAAACUUGGGGCAUUCUUCGGGAUCCUCUUCGGGACCCUGGGUGCCCUCUUGCUGCUGGGGAUCUUGGCGUUUGUAGUCUUUCACUUCUGGGGCUGCUGCGUGAGCAAGUUCUCCUACCCUUUGGACUCAGAACUGUGAGGCCUUGCUCCAGAUGGGCAGCUGUGCCCAGGAUACCUCAGGACCCACCCAUCACUCCAUCACUCCACCUUUGCCCCAGGGAGACGGCAAAGUGGCAGGUGAAUGCAGGUGAUUUGUGCCUCUUCAAGAAUGAAGAAAAGGAGUGAAACCAGACUCUGCCUUGUUAGUACAGCAGGUGCAGGAAAAGGCCGUGACGACCAAAUAUAUAGAUGGAUGGGUUCCUACACAGACACAUCUGCAGAGAGGACACUGCCUAUGUAUGAGUGC